GAAGGCUUGCCAAUCUUUCAUUUCCUCGCUCUUCUGGUCAAUGGUUCUUCUGGUGCUCUUUAUGCUGGUGGGUGCUCUUGUGAUCGGAAACGUCUUGCAAGACUUCAUUCAAGAUCCGACAGCAGACCUGCAAGAUAGGCAAUGGGUUUGGCAUCACUACGGCACAGCUUAUCGUGCUUGGCUAACCUUGUAUGAGCUGACCUUCUCGGGGUCUUGGCCUUCCAGUACACGGCCUGUUCUAGACAAAGUCAGUCAGGGCUUCGUGGUUUUCUUCGUUCUAUACAUAACAGUUAUUGCCUUUGCUUUGAUCCGCAUCAUCACUGCUGUGUUUCUCAAAGACACGCUUGACGCUGCAAACAACGAUGCAGAGCUUCAGACGAUCGAGAAUAUGCAACGUGAGGAGAAGUUUGUCCGCCAUCUAGAGGGGAUUUUCCGCGCCAUCGAUGACACGGGCGACGGUAUGAUCACGCAAGAACGGUUGGAAAGAGUGUUAUCCAACCCCAAGGUCAGAGCAUAUUUCCAAACGCUUGGUUUGGACCUGGUCGAGAGCACAGCUUUGUUCCGUAUUUUGGAUGAUGGAGAUGGGGAAGUAACGCAACAGGAAUCUGGGUUCCUUAACAGUUUCCAUUUCAUUUUCCAUGUUCUUUUCCAUUUGAUUCUCCAUUAUAGGGGGAUAAUAUGGUAUCCCUAA